UAUUUACAGUAGAGGCUAGGUCUGGGAAUAAUUAACAAUCCACCAGUAGAAAAUUGCGUGAUAAUUAUUAAACACAAGUAGAAGGAAGAUCAAGAACCAGAGAAUGACAACUUCUUCAUUAACUAUCUUAUUUGGUGUGCUAGGUAAUAUUAUGUCUGGCCUGGUCUAUAUUUCGCCUGCAAACGUGUUUUGGCGAAUCUUGAAGCGUAGAUCAACAGAGGAAUUUGAGAGUAUCCCUUAUAUCAGCAAAUUAUUAAAUGCAUUCUUUUGGAUUUACUAUGGAAUUAUUAAGACAAAUGGUUUUUUAAUAGUCACUGUGAAUGUCUAUGGUGCUAUUGUUGAGAUCAUUUUUCUCACCAUAUUCUUACUUUUUGCACCUCCAAAAAUGAAGAUUAGGACUGCAAUUCUUGUGGUAGUUUUUAAUGUCAUAUUUCCAGUAGCAGCAAUUAUGUACAUGCAAAUUUUUCUUCAUGGAAAUACUCGAAUCGAUUUUGCUGGAUCAUUGUGCUCAGUCUUCAGUAUGAUUGCCUAUGCUUCACCACUUUCAUCUAUGAAAACAGUCAUUUUGACAAAGAGCGUAGAAUACAUGCCUUUCCUACUCUCUCUUAUCCUAUUUUUGAACAGUGUAGUUUGGACUGUUUAUGCUUAUCUUCUGAAAGAUUACUUUGUUGGGAUACCAAAUGUUAGUGGAUUUGUGCUGGGAAGUAUUCAGCUGAUUCUGUAUGCAAUGUACUGGAGGCCCAAUUCAUCAUCCAUGCAAAUUGAACACCCAAUAAAUGAUUUAGAGGAUCCACUCAUUACCAAACCUACAAAUGAUCAAUUCUUCCUAAACGAUCAUCAGAGCCUUGAUGUCGUUUGAUAUUUAUAUUCAUUAGGCUCUUUCUUAAUUAUUUAAUGUAUGUAUAGAGGAAUGGUACAGUUCCAAUUAGAGUUGAAACAAAUAGGAUGGCAAUUUGUGUCCGUGUGAGAUACAUUGGUGUAUUUAAUUAAUGAACCUUAACUCAACUUCUUUAAUUUUAGUAUGAGAGAAAUCUCAACUC